UAGUAUUGAAUACGAUGGCUGUCUCUUUACUUGCUUAUGUGGUUACUUUAUUUGUAUUUCUAUGUAAUUAUGGACUUACACUCUCUUCUAUCUUGUUUCCCAAGUGGCUUACUUUUGUCACACCUGUUCCAUUUUAUAUGGAGACAAAUUAUGGGCUAUUUAAACUCUGUCGAAGUCUAACAAGAGAGUGCCGUUCUUUUCCUUCUGUUGAUCAUGGUGAUUGUCAAGAAGAUGGAUUCUGUGAAUUAUGGCGUGCAGCUUCAGCAGGCAUGAUCUUAUCUGCUGUGGUAGGUGCAUUGGCCAUCAUGGCCUUAUUCGUCACUCUCUGUAGUCAAAGACGCAAACGAUCCAAGGCAUGGGCACCCAUUUCAUUUCUGUUUAUCCUGUAUGCUCUUCCUCAAGCCUUGUCCAUGGGUAUCAUAGCCUACUUGUUUAAUUCAAGUGCUACUUUCUAUAUGGGCACACGUUACAAUAUCAGUUUUAUCUUUUGUAUCAUCAGUUGGAUUUUGAGUGUAAUUUUGGCCAUUGUACUCUGUCUAGUAGCCAUUUUGAGUCCACCUGAAUAUGUAUAUCAUGCAUUGGAUUAAAGUAUAUAUAUAAAAGAAAAACUUUAUUAUUAUAA